AUGGGAAAAGUGGAGGUACUACCUGAACAAAGUAUUCAGUAUGAACAUUUUUCUAAGGAAGUACAUAAUGUAUUGCAACAAGAUAACUUUGAUGGUUUUAGAGCUGAAAUAGCGAAGAAUGUAACAAGAAAUUUACAAUCUUCUCACACCAUUUUACUAGGUACAAUAAGAGAUAAGGGCUACAUGUACCAGUUUGGCCCUUCUUACCAAAGUGCAGAUGGAAAAACCAUGGUACUAUCAAGAAUUGGAACUGAUGGUAUGGUAAAUACUCGUCUAUCUCGACGAUUUGGUAAUAAUAUUGAUUGCAAAUUUUCGUCAAGUUCAUCAAUUAAUCAUGAGGAAAGAAAUAUGAGUGAGUUAUCAUUAGAAUAUAAUGGAUUUGAUUGGAGUGCAUGUAUUAAAGCAGCCUAUAAUGGUACAGGAUUAUUAAAUGGAUCAUACUCUCAAGUAAUUACACCAAAAUUACAAUUAGGUGGGGAACUAACAUGGAUAUCAGCAAAUUGUACAUCAAUAAUGGCAAUAGGAUCUCGUUAUCGUAUUGGUAAAAAUACCAUUUUUACUCAGAUCUCGAGACAGCCUGAUUUCUCUACACUUCAAGGCAUGUUAUCUAAUAGUCACUCAAUAAAGUCAUCAUUUUGUAGAAAAGUCAGUGAUCGUUUAUCUCUUGCAACAGAGUUAGAGUGUACAUGGCCAAAUUAUGAAUCAUCACUAAAACUUGGAUAUGAGUAUCUAUUUAAAACAGCUAGAAUUCAGGGUAUGAUUGAUACAGGAGGAAGGUUAUCUAUGCAAUGUCAAGAUGUACAAGGUUUUGGUAUAUCAGGUAUGAUUGAUUACUUAAAAAGUGACUAUAGAUUUGGUUUUAUGAUGCAAUUUAUGCCACAGGAACAAGGACAAGAUGUAUAUUCAUUAGGUAAUGCUGAUAACUCAAAAUCAUAA